UUCCGGAUUCCGCAACCGUGCUUCCAAAGUACCGGCACGGGGCGAUGACGUCGGGGAGUCACAGGGGGAGGUCAAUGCGAGGUGACGUGGCCCUGCGGAGCAGGCGGGGGAGGGCCGGCAGCGGGUGUCAAGAAAGAGACAAAGUUCACCGCGGUUGCCUGUGCUCCCCUCCCCCCCGGCGGAAGAAGCGCCCUUCUCUAGCGCCUGCUCUCUCCGACCUAUGGAGCCUGUCGUUCCCUCCAGCCCCACCGGCGCUGCGGCGCUUUUCCUGGGCCCGCUCUCCCGGGGCUACGCUUCCCUCACGGGCCACUUUUUGCAGCUGGUUUCAACACUGCCUGAAGACAUGCGGCCUGGACCUGAUUUCCAUGGACUUCCUUGGGAGCCAGUUGUCCUGACUGCCUUGGUGGGAAUUGCUACGAUUGCUAUUUUUUUCUGGAGAACCUGCCUGUCUGUGAAGAGUAGAAUGUAUCAAGUGACAGAAAAUCAGCUUGUUGAAAAAAUUAAAGCGCUUGUAAAAGAAAAGGCUGAAAUCUUAGAAAAGAUGUCACAAUAUGAUCAAAAGAUAAGGGAAGCAAAAGAAUCUGUGAAAGAGACCCAAAAACAGAAUAUACACCUUUCUGAUGAAGCUGCAGGGCUUAAGGAUACACUCAGGAAGCUUAAAGAAACAAACAGCUUUUUAGAUGGUAAAGUGAGAAACUUACAGGCCACGCUAGAAAUGGAGAAAGAGCAGAGCUUUAAGAAACAAGAACAAAUCACAGAAACCCAGAAGACUUUGGAGAAACUCCAAGAAGUUACCGUACUGCAUUCUGUAGAGCUUUCUGAGGUGCAGAUAGCUCUCAAUGAAGCCAAACUAAGUGAAGAAAAGGUGAAGUCUGAGUUGCAUCGUGUUCAGGAAGAGAAUGCAAGAUUGAAAAAGAGCAAGGAGCAGCUGCUCAAAGAAACAGAAGGCUGGACUGAGAGGCAUGCUGAGCUCAGUGAACAGAUUAAGACAUACCAGAAGUCUCAAAAAGACAUUGAAGAAGCACUUGCCUACAAGGAAAAUGAAAUUGAAGUUUUGACUAACUGCAUUAUGCAGCUGAAACAGCUUGAUGCAGAUUCUGAACUGGAUGGGAAGAAGGAUGAAGGAAAUGAUGUAGCUAAUGGGGAGCACUCAGAUACCAGAAACGAAAUGAUGAAAAAUCAGAUUAAGCAGAUGAUGGAUGUUUCACGGGUAAAAACAACAUUAUCAAUCAUUGAAGAAGACCGAGAUCUCUUGCGGUCCAAACUAAAUGAUGAAAUAACAGCAAGACAUGAAUUAGAAGAGCAAAUCAAGAAGCUGGAACAUGAUUCGUGCUCCUUGCAGACAGCAAAAUCUCAGCUAGAAAGUGAGUGUAAAACUCUGCAACAGAAAGUAGAGAUUCUUACUGAGCUUUACCAACAGAAAGAGAUGGCACUUCAAAAGAAGCUGACUCAAGAAGAGUAUGAGCGACAAGAGAAAGAGCAGAAGCUCUCUGCUGCAGAUGAAAAAGCAGUCCUGGCUGUCGAGGAAGUGAAAGUUUACAAGCAGAGAAUUCAGGAAAUAGAAGAAGAAUUGCAAAAAACAGAGAGAUCUUAUAAAAAUCAGAUUGCCAGUUAUGAGAAGAAGGCCCAUGACAACUGGCUUACGGCACGUUCUGCAGAGAGGUUAUUGGCUGAAGAGAAAAGGGAAGCUGCCAACCUGAGGCAAAAGUUAAUAGAGGUAAAUCAAAAAAUAGCUGCGCUUCAGAGACCAUUAAUUGUGAAACCCACUCCAGGCCGACCAGACCACCAAGUCCCUCCCCGCAGAGGUCCAGUGAGUCGAGAUGGCUCCUUUGGACCUUCACCUGUGAGCGGGGGAGCUCCUUCGCCACCACUAAUGAUGGAACCUCCUGUGCGGCCCCUGUCUGCCAAUCCAAGGGAAGGGUCUAGAAGUGAAUUUAGUGCUUCUGUGCCAGAGGGUCCUCCAGUUCCGAGAAGGCAUUCAGAGCUGUCAGGAAGAAUAUCUGCUCCAGACCUUGGUCCUGCUGUAGCACCCCUCAUCAACUGUGGGCCAAGAACAUCCUCUCCAUCUUCUACGCUAGUGGAUGGAAUGCAAAAUCCUCCCAAAGAGCAGGAAGCCCCCUGUGCUGGUGCUGAUGCUGUUUCACCUUCAUCUGCUGAACAAACUGCAGUUAACGUAAGCUCUAAAGGACCGCCACCUUUUCCUGGUCCUCCCAUAAUGACAUCUUCAGCAACUGGACCCCUGCCACCUCCUGUUCGAUUUGGACCUCCACCACGAGCGCCCUAUGGACCUCGGCCUCUUCCUCUUUCUCUAGUCCGUGGUGCUCCUCCGCCAUCCAUUCCAAGAGACUAUCCACCCGGUCCUCCCUUUGGAAUGAGAGACUUUCCACCUGGCCCACUGCCACCCCCAGAGCAUAGAGGAUAUCUCCGUGGACCUCCUCCUUUCCGGCCUCCAACCCCCAGAGAUUAUCCUCCACGGCUACCCCCACAAGGAUUACGGGACUAUCCCCCGCCUUCGGUCAGAGACUCGCCGCCUUCAGGACCCAGUAACUACCAAGGAGGUCCUCAGUGUCCGCCAUCCCCAGCUAGCUCACAGGACUCAGCACAUCAUCCGGAACAGAAACCAUGACUUGAGAUUUCUGGACUGAACUCUACCACGUUUCAUGUGGUGAGGAUUUCAGUGGCUUCAGCACAACCAACUCUGUUUCCACUUUUAGAUUUGGUUUCAAUGUGGCUUUUUAAAAAAUGCAAGAAUAAGUUGUCUCCAAUCUCUAGCAUUGUGCAUUUUGAUCACCUUUAAUAAGGACUUGUCCAUCCUUCUGGGAUGCAAGUAUAAUUUUUCUGUGAUGAACCUGAAGCCUGCUUCUUACAGCUGUGGUCAACUCACAGCUCUCGACGUGCAAUAUAUGAAAAGUACCUGUGUGGUUAGUUUUUAAUUAAUGUAGCCUAUGUAACAAACUGGUGGAUGAUUUCAUAAUUCAAAAUAUAAUCUGAACAUUUCCUGUGGAAAUACUGUAUGUAAAAAAUGCUACCCCUUCAGCUAUAGCCUACAGUGACUGUAGACCAGUUGUUUACAUAGGGAUUCUAACUCAAAGCUUUUAAAAACAUCUGGUGUAAAAGACCAGAGGCACAAACUACACUGUACUGGAAGGACAGUUGUAUUAAUAAAGAGAGCAAGGUCCCUUUUGCUAAAUUUGAAGAAUGAGUUCUGUUCAACACUGUUUUCUUUCAUGGCCAUAGAAGUACAACUACAGAUUAAUCAAGGAACUUGCUACAGUAUGCCAGGGCAACCGGCCCCUUUUAGUGGAGGGCUACGGUGGAUCAUCACACAAUGAUAUGCCCCCACCUAGCAGAAAAAGAUUUUUAGAGUCUUCAGUGCCCAGGAAAAUGCAAGCCAGGCAUUUUAGAACAUAUCCAAUUUAGUGUGGAGGCC